AUGACUCCAAAAAGAAGAAAACUAAUUCGCACUUGGACUGGAGAGACACAAACUGAAGAAAAUGCAAUUGAAGAAACUGGCAGUGAAGUGUGCACAGUCGAUCCUUUGCUAAAAAUGCAAGAAGAGUUGGAAGGAUUAAGAUUGGAGUUAAUUCUGAAAACCCAAGAAUUAAAAAAAAGUGAGGAAGAAACAGCUUCUGUUAUGGAAGAAAUGAAUGCAUUCAAGGCCCAAGCACAUAAAGAAAUUGAAAAUACCAAGAAGGCUGCCGCCGAGGAGUUAGCACUAUCCAAAUUUGGUUUAGAAAGAUUUUCAACUAACAAUGACAUAGUCAGAUUCUACACAGGAUUUGUUUCUUAUGAACAAAUUAAGGCUUUUUAUGAAAUCAUAAAACCAACUGCUGAGAGAAUGACCUAUUGUUAUGCUACAGGAGAUAGAGAAAGUCGUCCAAAAGCACGAACCAUGCUAGUUAUAGACGAGUUGUUUAUGUUCCUGGUUCGUAUUAGAUUGGGCUUAUUUGAGCAAGACCUUGCUCACAGAUUUAAAAUACAUAUAUCCACUGUUAGCCGAAAAAUAGUUACAUGGAGCAAUUACUUAUAUUUCAUGUUGGGAUGUCAAGUAAUCUGGCCUUCUAGGGAAAAUGUCAAUAAUUACAUGCCCCAGUGUUUUCGUAGGCUUUACCCAAGUACUAGAGUUAUAAUAGAUUGCACAGAAAUUUUCGUACAAACUCCCAGCUCCUUAUUAUUACAGUCACAAUUAUACUCAAGCUAUAAAAGCAACACUACCCUUAAAGGUUUGGUUGGGAUCUCUCCUCAUGGGGCAGUCUCUUUUGUAUCUGGGUUAUAUACUGGAGCAAUCUCAGAUAAAGAAAUAACUAGGUGUUGUGGCAUCUUAGAUUUAAUUGAGGAGGGAGAUUCAAUAAUGGCAGACAAAUGUUUUGAUAUAGAAUAUCUGUUAUUAGAAAAGAAAACAAUACUUAAUAUUCCCCCCUUCUUAGAGAGUAAUGUUCAGUUUACUCAAAAUGAUGUUCAAAAAACCAAAGAAAUUGCAAGUGUCCGCAUACAUGUAGAAAGGGCUAUCCGAAGGAUAAAAGAGUAUCAUAUUUUUGAUUCUGAUGUACCACUUAAUUCAUUGGGGUCAAUUAAUCAAAUAUACACAGUUGCAUGUUUGCUUACCAAUUUCCAAGGUCCACUAAUUUCUGAUCUUAGUAAGAAUUAA